AUGAUCAACAGAGGAAUUGUAUAUGAGAUCAAUGGUUGUAUUAGUACUGGAAAAGAGGCGAAUGUGUACCACGCAAUGACGGAAGAUGGAGAGCAUAGAGCUAUUAAAAUUUAUAAAACUUCGAUUUUGGUUUUCAAAGAUAGAGAUAGGUAUGUCAGUGGUGAGUUCCGUUUUAGAAACGGCUAUUCCAGGCACAACCCACGAAAAAUGGUUAAACUAUGGGCAGAAAAAGAAAUCCGUAAUCUCAAGAGAAUUUAUCAAUCUGGUAUCCCUGUUCCUAAACCACUUCAUUUGCAUUUGCAUGUUCUGGUAAUGGAAUUUUUGGGUGAUGCUAAUGGAUGGGCCAGCCCGAGAUUACGAGAUGCUGAUAUAGACGAAAGCGAGUACCCCAAACUGUAUCUACAGCUCUUGUCAUAUAUGAGAAUUCUCUAUCAACAAUGCCGAUUGGUCCAUGCCGAUUUAAGCGAGUACAAUAUUUUAUAUCAUGAGAAGAAGUUGUAUAUUAUUGAUGUUUCUCAGUCUGUGGAGCAUGAUCACCCUCAUAGUUUGGAGUUCCUAAGAAUGGAUAUCAAAAAUGUGAAUGAUUAUUUUAGAAGACAGGGUGCAACUCCAUUUUCAGAGCGGAGUCUCUUUAAGUUUAUCACUGGCGAGAAAAUAGAAAACCCACAUUCACCACCACCCCAUCCAGAAACUUCAGAUUAUCUUGUUGAAUACCUCCAGCAGCUUCCUCAAGAAGACCUCACUAGUCAAGAUGUAACCGACGAUGCAGUUUUUAGAUCUAUUUAUAUUCCACAAAACCUUGAACAGGUUUAUGAUGUUGAGCGCGAUGUUGAGAAGAUUAGUCGUGGUGAAGGCAAAGAUUUGAUAUACGGGAAUCUUGUAAAUGUUAACCCCGAAAGCAAUUCAAGUUCGGAGGAAGAUGGAUCAGACUCCAACUCAGAUUCCGAAGAUUCAGAUGACGAGCUCGAAGAUACAGAUGUCUGGAAGGAGAAGACAGUAAAGGAGAAAAAGUUUGCUGAUCGGGAGUCUAAUAAACUCCGAAAACAAGCUCUAAAAGAAGAGAAGAAAGAGAAACGUCAAAAGAAAAUGAAGAAGGCGGUUAAAAAGAAGUUGAUAAACAAUUCAAAAUCUAAAAAAUAG